CAAUACCCACGCGAGAAAACAACCAAUGACAAUGUAAAGCUGCCGCUGGGGGGGGGAGUUGCUGUAAACAGGAUUAUUCUCUUCCUCCCCCCGCGUAAACGCGCGAGCCAACGUUAUUCUGCGACCUAGCGCGCCGCCGCAAAGCUUGCAACAGCUACCACCACAAGCGCAAAACAAGAAAGCGUCCAGAAAGUUGGACAACGUGGCGCGCUUCCCCUUAAGCGCGCGCCUGUGUGUGCAUGCUUUUUUUUUUUCGUUUUCAGUUGUGACUGAAAACCUCUAUCCUCUUUUGUUUGCUUCUCAGUUGUACUUUUUUUUUACUACGUGAAGAAAGACGGGUGGGGUUGGGGAGAAGGGUGUAUCGCUUUGGGAAGGGAUAUCCUUUUAAAAAAAAAAACACCUAGAGGGAAGCCUGAACUUGGAACAGGGGGAGAGAAUAAAAAAAUAAAGGAGGAGCAACGACUGCAGGAAUAAAAGUAGUGGCAGGAGAAGGCUGCAACUCCAUUUUGCAGGUAAAACUAGGCUAGGGCUUAGAACAAGAUUAAAACAGGAUAUCCAGUUGUGAUUUAAAGGGAAGGUCCUUUUCUUUGGAAGAAAAGAAGAGUGAAUUACCUCCAUGGAAGACACUCAGGAUUUAAAUGAACAGUCAGAACAAAGGAAUCUGCCUUAUACUGCCUCAGGCCAUUUGGUACCAUCUAGCUCAAUACUGAUGAUAUGGACUAGCAUUGGCCUUCCAGGAUUCCAGGUGAAGAAAGCGUGCACAGAUUCGGAUGUUUCAGAACCUCAGAAUUCCAGGCAUCACAGGAAUGAAGUAUGGAUUAAUUCAGUACCGGGUUUGAAGACAAUUUCUCCAUCUAUAUCUAUGGAAAUGCAGGAUCUAGCAAGCUCUCAUAAUCUUGUGGGAAGCAAUGGAACACCGGGUAGUUCUAAACUGGACAAAUCUAAUCUUAGCAGCACAUCUGUUACAACAAAUGGAACAGGCGGAGACAACAUGACUGUUUUAAACACUGCAGACUGGUUGCUGAGUUGCAGCACUCCCUCUUCUGCAACAAUGUCUCUUCUUGCUGUCAAAACAGAACCUAUGAACAGUAAUGAAUCGACAACAACAACAAGUGGAGAUGGAUCUCUUGACACUUUUACUGGGUCAGUAAUAACCAGUAGUGGCUACAGUCCAAGAUCAUCACAUCAGUAUUCGCCUCAGCUAUAUCCCUCCAAGCCCUAUCCACAUAUUCUUUCUACUCCAGCAGCUCAAACAAUGUCUGCCUAUUCCGGUCAAACACAAUAUUCGGGAAUGCAGCAGCCAGCGGUAUAUACAGCCUAUUCACAGACUGGGCAACCUUACAGUUUACCUACUUACGAUUUGGGUGUAAUGUUGCCAGGCAUCAAGACAGAAAGUGGACUUUCACAAACACAAUCAUCCUUACAGACUGGGUGUCUUAGUUACAGCCCAGGAUUCUCCACACCGCAGCCAGGCCAAACACCAUAUUCAUACCAGAUGCCAGGUUCUAGUUUUACACCAUCCUCCACUAUUUAUGCAAACAAUUCAGUCUCAAAUUCUACAAACUUCAGUAGUUCACAACAGGAUUAUCCAUCAUAUACAGCUUUUGGCCAAAACCAGUAUCCACAGUAUUAUUCACCAUCAACAUAUGGAACAUAUAUGACCUCAAACAACACCACAGAUGGUACCUCUUCAUCAUCAUCAACAUACCAGCUCCAGGAAUCUCUCCCUGGGCUGACUAGUCAACCAGGUACAGAUCUUCCUCCAGGAGAGUUUGAUACAGUACAAAGCCCUUCAACACCAAUCAAAGAUCUGGAUGAAAGAACAUGUAGGAACACUGGGUCAAAAUCAAGGGGUAGAGGACGGAAAAAUAACCCAUCACCCCCUCCUGACAGUGACUUGGAGCGUGUAUUUGUUUGGGAUUUGGAUGAAACUAUCAUUGUCUUCCAUUCACUUCUUACAGGAUCUUAUGCACAAAAAUAUGGAAAGGAUCCACCUGUGGCAGUGACUCUUGGACUUCGUAUGGAAGAAAUGAUUUUUAAUCUUGCUGAUACACAUUUAUUUUUCAAUGAUUUAGAGGAAUGUGAUCAAGUACAUAUAGAUGAUGUGUCUUCAGAUGACAAUGGCCAAGACCUAAGUACCUACAGUUUUGCAACUGAUGGCUUCCAUGCAGCUGCAAGUAGUGCAAACCUUUGUCUGCCAACAGGUGUAAGAGGAGGAGUUGACUGGAUGAGGAAGCUGGCAUUCCGUUACAGAAGAGUAAAAGAAUUGUAUAAUACUUAUAAGAACAAUGUAGGAGGACUCCUUGGCCCUGCAAAAAGAGAUGCAUGGCUACAGUUAAGAGCAGAGAUUGAAGCUCUCACUGACUCCUGGCUGACAAAUGCACUUAAAUCACUAUCAGUUAUUAGUACAAGGAGUAACUGUGUAAACGUCUUGGUAACAACAACCCAACUUAUACCAGCCCUUGCAAAAGUCCUGCUGUAUAGUUUAGGAGGUGCAUUUCCUAUUGAAAAUAUUUACAGUGCAACUAAAAUAGGAAAAGAAAGUUGCUUUGAACGAAUAAUGCAAAGGUUUGGCAGAAAAGUAGUAUAUGUUGUAAUUGGGGAUGGUGUAGAAGAAGAACAGGCAGCAAAAAAGCACAACAUGCCUUUCUGGAGGAUAUCUAGUCACUCGGACCUCCUGGCUCUACACCAAGCGCUGGAAUUAGAGUAUUUGUAACUGUGUCACAUAGCUGACAAAUACUUUUUACAUUUCAAAGUACACUGAAUAUUUUAUGUAUGAUCCAGUGCCUCUGGCUUUUACACAUAUGUAUGGUCUUAAGAAGGAAAAGCAAUAUUUGGAAUGAAAAUUCCGUUGUGAAGAAUUCACAUCACUGAAUGAUGGAGUUAAAGCUUUUAGUCCUACACAAGGAUGUUCUAUAUGGUCUUAUAUAUAUACAACUUUUUGUUGAUAAUUAAAGAACUAUAAAAGGAGGUUGCUGGUACACACCAAUUGAGCCCUAGCCAGAGUGAAGAGCUUUUGCAACGGACUCAGACUGGGAAAGCCAUGAUACGCAUUUUCUGAUCGGCAAGGGUGGUAUUCAACAACAUUCCUCACUAUGGGAUAUAUUCUCAGCACUGAGGUUUGAAUCAAACUUUAGUCUACCUAACCCAAAAAAUCUGAAUUGGAAUGCACUCAAACUGUAUGUUGACAAUUCUAUCUAGAUCUGUAAUAUGUGUAAAUUAUUGAUGAAAAUAAUUUACUGUGACUUUAUUAGCAGCUGACUUUGGAAAUGGAUGCAAUUUAUUUCUUUCAUUUUUGGAGGUGUGUGGAAUGGGGGGGUAUAUAAUUAUUGUCUCUUUUAUAAGUUUGGCAAACAGAAUGUGCAUAAUGAUGUGUUGUGCCUUAAAAGACAAGAUCUUGUUUGUGUGUUACAAUGUAACAUUGAUUUAAAAAUAAUGUAGAUAAAAGAAAUAAAUCUUUGUGAUAAUUUUGAUAUGACCAAAUUUCAAAUUCAAAUAAUCAAAAAGCAGUGCUGCAUCAAAAACACUUAAUGGUUUGUUGCAGUGAGAAAAAAAGUAUAAUAACUGAACCUGUUGCUUUUAUUUAGUUUUUUAAUAAUUCCACUGACUGUAGGAGGCAAGAGAAUGUCAAGAAGCUGGAAUGCUAUGGGGCACCACGGGAUAAAACAUUUAAAAUGACUGGUUACUUGAGAACUAUUUCUCCUUUUUCAACUUCAAAGAAAACAAAGAAUUACUUGCACUGCAAUGAGCUUUAUUUUAUGAAGUAUAUAUAAGGAGCAGUAAGUUACUUCCCAUUUACCAAGUCUCAAAUUAUGAUUUAGCAUACUUAACAGCCAAGAAGUUACACAAAAACAUGUUUGGGUACUUCCAAAAAUAUCCUCAAAGUUAAUAAAAUAAAUGAAAUGUAAUUCAGAAAGGAAAGUCCAUUCCAGUUGGCAUCAAAUUCAACAAAGUAACAGCCUCAGACAAGCCAAAUGAUAUUACUUGGAAGACUAUGACUGGAAUAAUAAUACUGCUCAAAUUAAAUUGCUAAUAGAACUCAAACUUUAGUCUUUAGUUCAGGGUAGCCAACUUGGUGUCCUUCAUGUUGUUGGAAUUCAACCCCUUGGAGGAGUUGGAGUAUUGCCUGACCAUUGGCCAUGCUGGGUGGGACUGAUGAGAGUUGUAGACCAGCAAUAUCUGGAGGGCACUAUGUUGACUAUUCUAGCUGUAGAUUGCUCUCAGUGUGUUAUAGCUAACAGUCUAAGAGUUUCCAUCAGCAUACAGUUUUAUUAAAAUAUUUUGCAACUUGUUCUAAGUCUGCAGGAAGGGGUCAGCAUAGAGGUCAAUAGAACUCUUUUCCCUUUCACACAGCCCUUAGUCACACAGGCAUCACUGAAUACUGGUCAUUAUUUUCAACAGUAGGGCAGUGUAUGUGUUCUGUAAACUCUUCCAGGUAUUCUUAUCCUCUACAAGGCUCCAGGCUAUAAGUUUCUCCUGCUCUGUGCAUGUAGUAUAACCAGUGUGGGCUAGCCAUUUGUCACAAUGGGAGGGCAGCAUAUACUUUCCAUGUACCCAUUCAGCCAUUCCUCUCUUUGCGCUCUAGGGCUGUGCCUACCAGUUAAAUCUUUUCUGGGCAUGUGCAGUUUGUGGGUUGGAUCCUUGGGGAGGAGAGAGGUGAUACUGAGGGAUCAUUCUCCUGUUAAUGGCUGGUGUACUAUGGUAUGUGUGCAUGGCUGAUAGCUAUGCUCCAUUGAGCUGUAUGAAGAUGCUGUCCUAGAGGCACAGCUACAUUUGUGUGGGGUGAAUCAUGUACUUAAUUUCCUAUGUAUUUCUUUUUCUUUUUCUGAAAUUCUAAUUGUGGGAGUAAAUUUAUGUCUUAUUUCUGGAAAAGUUUCUUUUUAAUGUCAGCACUUGGGUAGAAUAAGUCGGUGUGAGAAUUUGGUUUCUGAUUUUCUUCUAGUAGUGUCCCACAUAAAGAGAGAGAAUUAUAUAUACUUGUUCUUACAAUCCCGUUCUCUAUUUUAUGGUUCCAGUGCUUUAAUUAAACAACAGUUCCCCAGCAACAACUUUUGGUGCAAAAGAUCCUUAAAAUAGUAUAUGAUGUGACAUAUGCCAUCCCACUAUGUAGUGGGUACAUAUAUUUUAUAGCUGCAAAGAUGAAAAGGGACAUUUGCAGUUUUGUCUUGAAAAAUAGUCCAUUCUGACCAUACUGUGAAAUGUUACUCAUUCCUGUUUCCAGUUUGUCAGGUUCUUUGGUAAACACACAAAUUUUACAAUGACUGAGAUGCACAGAACUGGGUACCUUAACUCCCUAAGGCAUGGCAAAAGGAAGGAAAGUUGUUGGUGUUCAGGUAGGGUGUAUUCAUUCAUGAAUCAGACUAUAAUGUGAAUGUAAAACCUACACUGGCUACAAUUUACAUAUGCAGUGCAAUCCUGUGGAGUAAGUCCAACUGUGUUCAUUGGGGCUUAUUCCCAGGAAACUGAACACAGGAUUGCGGGCUCAGGUUCUCUUCUCUGCUGUCUCCUGCACUAACAAUAUUCAUAACCAGCAGGAGGGAGGCACAGUGUUGCUGUUUCUUAGCUUCUUGUGUGAAGGUGUGUUUCACUAAUACAACAGAUGUUCAGUGAAUCUCUCCAAACACAGAGAUAUUGGCAAAGUUUAUUGGCCUGGCCUUUGGAAGACUGCCCUAGUCCAGAGUAGUCGAUAUGGUUCCCUUUGGACAUUGUGGAGUACAACUCCCAUCAGCUCAAUAGCCAGAAAUGAUGGGAGUUGUGGUCCAAAACAUCUGGAGGGCACCACAUUGGCCACACCUGCCAUAGUCUAUGCUAAAAUACUUAUAUCAUCGUGUCAGAUAAACAAGUUCUUUGUUCUCUGUUGGGCAUAUAUAUGUAUGUAUGUAUCUGAGUUGUCCAUGAAUCAGAUUUAUGAUUCUAAAUCUGAGUGACAUAUCUCUUUGGUGCAACUACUUAUACACUAUUGAUUCAAGUUUUUUUUAAAAAGUUCUUAACCUAUAUACUUAAAAAAAAAAAAAAACAGAGGCAGCUGUGUUGUUCCAUAAAACAAAAGACAAAAUCCACACUUGGAAUACCUUAUUAGGGCCAACCAAAAUGUCAGAAAAAAGGAAUUUUGAGUUCUUCAGAACUGUUCAUCAGGCUAGAUUAUCAUUGUAAAUGUAGAUUUCUUAUAGGAUUUUUUUUCUUUAACCAUUUUUUGAAAAAAGAUGUAUUCCAGUGACACACAGAGAAUGAAAUCCAGCUUAUUUUGACAAAACUACAGAAUGCCAUUACUGGGAGUUUUAUUUGUACAGAGGUAGCGUACAGGUGACAGAGCAGUGUGGUCACAACAGAUACACUGUCAGCACUGCUCUAUUCUACUGUUCAUCGAACCUUCUGUACACUGUUCCAUUAAUGUUCUGAUUCACACAAAAAAUUGAUUGUAAGUGCUGUACACCACACUGAGGCUGCAAUCUGGACCCUCCUCCCUUGAUAUUGAUGCUGGAGGAGAGGAUCAGCUUUGCAGUGUAGGCCCAUCUCCACCAGCCUCUGCCAGUAGAAAGAAGCGCUGCUUGCUGGUGGGGCUCCAGUGCAGAGAUGGCCGAAGGAGGUGGUAUCCUACCACCAGUGACAUUUUGAGGUGGGACAUUGGCUUUGAAUCUAGGUGGCUUUGAAUCCAUGAGAUUCAAAGCUUUGCAGAUCUCCUGAGAGGCCUGAUCCUCAGUUGUUCAGCUGUAUCAGCCCUGGAAUUGGUUCAGCAAAAAUUAGUUAAAAGCCAUUACCUCUGAACUUUCUGCCGUAGCUGGCAGGAGUUAAUAGGGCUUUGGAUUUAGCUGUAAAUCUGCCUCUCCAACCAUCCUCAGCCCUGGUUAGAAUUGCUCUGACAGAAUACUAAGGGAUCAAAAUUGCCAAAAUUCUGGAUACAGAAAUAAACUGUGUCAAAUAAUGAGCUACUAUGAAAUAAGUCUGUUCAUGAAAAAAUGGGAUGUUGCCACUGAAUUUUGCCUAAAGUAAGAUUUAAGGCAAAUAUGGAUACAAUCAUUUAGGUAAAACAUCUGUAGAAAUGUUGGUGGAAGUGAAAAGAAUUGCUGUAAGAUUAGUGAAAUUUCUCGCAUGAGGAAAGAGGAGGUUCCCCACAUCUCUACUGAAGCCAGAAUUUAAGGCAUAAACAACUAUUCCAAGUAAAGAUGGUUUUGUGCAAAUUGAAAUUUGGUCAUUGGGAUUGUCAUUGUAUUUUAAUUCAUAUGCAAUCAAAACCCUUUUCCUUUUAACCCUUACCAUACCACAAAGAACAAAAGUAUCCCAUGUUUUAGAAGGUUGGGCAAUUACAAUAGUGAACAUUGUGCCUUUGCAGUUGCUGUACCAAUAUAAAUGGAAACAGCACUUACAUAUUAAGCACUUUGGAUAUUGUGCUUGAAAUACAGAAAUACAGCACAAUUUGAAUCAAUGUAAAUACAAGGAAAUAAGGGAUAGAUGGACUCAAUUCAGUAAACCACUAACGUGAAAAGUAGAAAAAUGCAAUAUAUGCAGAUUGUGCACAAAACUAUAGAGCACAGUUUAUCCCCACAGUGCUCAAUUGAGCCCCCUCCCUCUCACUGGCCCUUGGCUAAAAAUACACAUACUGUAGUGUAUCAGCCAUUACCUCUUCUGGGAGGUCCAUACAUGGUCCGCUCCUUACAAGAACCACACACACAAGCUAGUCAUGCUCUGCAGUUGCAUGGGAAGGACUGUUCUCACUGUACUGAUGAGUAUAAUUGGGUUUCUUUAGAUCUCAAGUAGGAACAACAACUUCAGCACACUGAAAAGAAGUAAACGUAUUUGCAGUAUGCCUGUGCAUUUUAACUCCAAACAGUGAGCUUAAAUGCUCCUGAACAAUAGAUCAAACAACAUAAUAAUCUUAAACCUUUCCAUGUGUUGAGGGAGUAUAAACCAUGCCCGCAGCAAUUUUAAAUGUGAUUUCCAUUUCAGAUUUCGGGGGAGGGUGCAGCCAUGUCUAAAUGCUUGAAUAAAUGUGAUAGGUAGUGUCUGUAGAGAGGAACUUAACUGACAUGAGCCAAUAUUGCAUUUGAACUCCCAGCAAUUGCAGCCUUGUGGAACUGUUGAAGCCAAGGGUCUAUGUAAUGUAAGUCAUGAUUUAUUUGGGGAAAACGUUAUUUAAGAAAAUGUAAAUUACUAUUGAAAGCUUGUAAAAAUGUGUAUAUCUUUACUGUUUCUCAAUAAAUACACGUGGAAAUGUGGUCAUUUUCUGCACCAUCA